AUGUGCCCAGGACACCCUGGGGAGAUUUGCCUUUUUGCUACGCUUAGGGCUAAGCCCCUGAGUGGGCAGGAGGGAGCAGGCACCCCGUUCCAGUACAUCGUGGUGCAGAAGAAGGGGGCGAAGCAGGACGUGGGCCUGAUCCAGCUGAACCGGCCGCAGGCCCUCAACGCCCUCUGCGAUGGGCUCAUGCAGGAGUUGCGGCGGGCGCUGGACGCCUUCGAGGGCGACCCGCAGGUGGGAGCCAUCGUCAUCACCGGCAGCGAGAAGGCCUUCGCAGCUGGUGCUGAUAUAAAGGAGAUGCAGAGCAAAACUUACCAGCAGUGUUACAGUGGUGGCUUCCUCGCCAACUGGGACAGAGUGUCUUCAGUCCGCAAACCGGUCAUAGCAGCUGUGAAUGGUUACGCGCUUGGCGGUGGGUGCGAGCUGGCCAUGAUGUGCGAUAUCAUUUACGCCGGGGAGAAAGCACAGUUUGGACAACCAGAAAUCCUGCUGGGAACCAUUCCAGGAGCUGGUGGGACGCAGAGGCUGACCAGGGCCGUAGGGAAGUCGCUCGCAAUGGAAAUGGUCCUCACCGGAGACAGGAUCUCCGCACAGGAGGCGAAGGAAGCAGGUCUUGUCAGCAAGAUCUUCCCAGUGGAGAAGCUGCUAGAAGCGGCCAUCAGCUGCGGGGAGAAGAUUGCUGGCAAUUCAAAGCUGGUGACAGCCAUUGCGAAGGAGUCUGUCAAUGCGGCCUUCGAGAUGACGCUGGCAGAGGGGAACAGGACGGAGAAGAGACUCUUCUACGCCACCUUUGCCACUAACGACCGGAGGGAAGGGAUGACUGCGUUCGUGGAGAAGCGGAAGGCAAACUUCACUGACAGCUGAACUCUGCGGGGCCUGUGUGUCCCUGGGGUGUCCUGGCCAGCACAGGACAGGGACAGCCAUCCCUUUUGUCCCCUCAGACACCAGCUGCUCAGCGGUCAUCACAACAUGCCUCCUUACCUGACCCACGUGCCUAAUUAGGGGUGUCUCUGCCAGAUGUGCUGCCCCGCCAGAAAGGGGCAUAGCUCCCCAGCGCUGUGCAACACGGAGCAGCUGGGGACCUGGCAGCGGCUGAUGCCUUUCCUUCAGUGAGAUGAUCUGAAUCAGGGUUCGGCUUGUGAUUGCUAUUAAAAGGCUUUCCUGGCACUG